CAGGAGGGCUGCGGGGAAACAGCUGCCGGACAGAUGAGGAGCGCGAGGUGGGGGGCAGAGAGGCGGGGUGCGGCUGGAUCCCAGGUCCCAAAGUGCUGGGUCUCCAGCCUCUUAAGAGCUCUAUCCACCCGAUCCAGGUGGCUCCACCGCGCCCCUUUCUGAGUGAGAAACAGGUCCAGGAAGGAUGUCCUGAGAGAAUCACAAGACCUCCCUGGGCCGGCUUGCUGGACUACAUAGCCUACAGCAUUCCUUUGAUCUACUGAUGCUGCUGACUGUCAGGAAGGGAAUGAGGGCAGUCUGAACCAGUGGACAUGGCUGACGUUGGAGAAGAUGAGCUCUCCUCCAGGUCAGAGAGUCCUGAGCCGGGGGACAGGAGCUCGGAGGACCGGUCACUGCUCCAUCAGAAGCUGGCCAUCAGAGAGCUCAUUGACACAGAGGUCUCCUACUUGCACACGCUCCGGCUCUGUGCCUCUGACAUCAGGAGCCAUCUGCACCAGCUGCCACCUGGAGAUCUGGACGUCCUGUUCUCGAACAUUGAUGACAUCAUCCAAGUGAGCAGCAGAUUCCUUCAUGGACUGCAGGAGACAGCCUGCAGGGAAGAGGAACAGGCGGACCUGAUUGGUAACUUAUUCCUAGAAUUCCACGAGGAGUUUGAACACAUCUAUAAAGUCUACUGUACCAACUAUGACCAAGCCCUGCAGCUGGUCAAGGCGUACCGGAAGGAGCCGGAACUGCAGAAGGCCAUCCAGGGCAUCAUCGAAGCAGCAGUGCCUCAAGCUGGACCUUCGGGUCUCAGUUUCUUACUUGUAAUUCCUCUGCAGAGGAUUACCAAGUACCCCCUCCUGCUGCAGAAAAUCCUGGAGAAUACACCCACAGAUGCCCGUGCCCACGCUGUCCUUCAGAGAGCUGCCUCUGCCCUCCAGGAUGUCAACAGCAAUAUCAAUGAGUACAAGAUGCGCAAGGAAGUGGCUUUAAAGUAUACCAAGGUAGAGCAACUGAGCCUUCGGGAGCGGCUGGCCCGCAUCAACACGCAUACUCUUUCCAAGAAGACCACCAGACUGAGCCAGCUGCUGAAGCAGGAGGCGGGGCUGGUACCCAGGACAGAGGACAAGGAAUUCGAUGACUUGGAGGAGAGAUUCCAGUGGGUGUCUCUGUGUGUGACGGAGCUGAAGAGCAAUGUGAAUGCUUACAUGGAUAAUUUGGAGGCUUUCCUCUGCUUCCGGCCACAUGAAUGGAGUCUGGAUAUUCCUGGUGGUCCUGCCGAACAGUACUGCGGUCUGGCGAGGGACCUUCAGCUGGAGGCCUUCCUGCAGUUUAAGCAGCGACUGAAAGGCCUAGUAUGGGACCCACUGUGUAGCCUGGCCAGAGCCCUGGUUGGCCCUCAGAACUUGAUCAAGAAGCGUCUGGACAAACUCUUGGACUUUGAACGAGUGGAAGAGAAACUGCUGGAUGUGGGCAGUGUGACCUAUGAGGAGGAGGCGGCCCGGCACACGUAUCAGGCGCUCAACUCGAUGCUGGUGGCCGAGCUCCCGCAGUUUAACCAGCUAGUCACACAAUGGCUGGGCCAGAUCCUGUGCACAUUCGUGGUCCUGCAGAAGGACCUUGCCGACCAGGUCCUGCGAAGGGCAGAGAGCAGUAUGGCCCUGCUGCCUCAUUACCACGUUUCGGAGCCAGACUUCCGGAAGCUGCUGGAGGACACACUAGGCCAGAACAGCAGCCAGCUCCGCUUCGUUAAAGAGAGCUUUGAGAAGGUGCUGCCUCCCCCCACCACUCAGCCACUCCUCCCAGGCUCUGAAUACCAGCUUCAGUCUCUCCUGACCCGAUACGGCCCCGGGAAGCUAUACCAGGUGACGAGCGACAUCAAUGGGACUGGGACUCUGGACUUGACCCUGCCACGGGGCCAAAUUGUGGCCCUUCUACAAAACAAGGAUACCAAAGGCAACAGCAGUCGCUGGCUGGUGGACACAGGGGGACACCGGGGAUAUGUGCCUGCUGGAAAGCUCCAGCUGUACCGCCAUAUCAUCCCCAGUGAGGAGCUCAGAGGCCAGACAGGCACACAUGAAGACUACUGGCUUCCAACUCCAGAGCCCACCCAACCCUCUGUCCCCACUGUCCCAACCGUGACCCAGGUGGUGGCAGCGUACCCGUUUGUGGCCAGGAGCCCCCACGAACUGAGUCUUCAGGCAGGCCAGCCUGUAACCAUCCUAGAAGCCCAGGACAAGAAGGGGAACCCAGAAUGGAGCCUGGUGGAAGCGAAUGGACAGAGGGGAUACGUGCCUUCCAACUUCCUGGCCAGGACCCCGGGCCCAGCUCCCUGGGGCUGGAGCCUGCCCUCUUAGCCCGCCCUCUCUGGAGCCCCCAUUUCUAAGGAAAGGGAGAGGCUUUAAGGCCGGGUGACCUAGCAGGCUUGAUGCAAAGCAAAUGGGGUGGGAGAGGAGCGAAGGGCAUUCAGAAGGCAGGAGGAAGUGGUGCCCAGGCCUUACAGAAGGCCUGGUGUGGGUGGCCACGUGGGCGGUCCCAGAAUUGUCACUCAUCCGUGCAAAGAAGCCACCUCCAUGCUGGGACUUAGCUAGGACUUGCCGCAGCUUGAAGCUGGUCCCACCUGUGCCUCUUGCCUCUUUCAUGUCUGGGAUGAAUGUUGCCUGUGUACCAGGUAGCCGUGGGUGGGGGCAUCACUGAGGAAGAGCUGCCUGGCUCAGUAGUCCACUUCCACAGCGCUGCCAGAAGCCACCAUUGCUCACCAGUCCCCUUGACUUUCUUGUUGCCUCGAGUCGAGCUACUGCGGACAGUGAACUGUGGAGAACCCUGCUCAGGGGGAAACCCUGGGCACAGGCGGUUCUCCACUGGCUCUGGGAAUGGGUAUGACCUACGCACAGUUCUGGAAUGUGCAUACAAACCCAGAGGUGGUUCCAGAGAAGAUGGGGAUUUGAGGGUGGAUUAUAGCAGGGUGUGUGGGGCUGAUGGCAACGGUGUUUCCUAUUGCUGUUUUCUUUGGACUAGGACACAAAGGGACUUGGCAGUCAAUCACAGGGGAAGCUCUGUGAGAUAGGUGACUGCUGGCUUGGUGGGUUCGGUAGGAGAGGAAUAGCUUGGUUUCCCAGUGCUGGACUGAAGAACCAGGGAAACCCAGGUGGCCUAGGUUUACCUCAGAGGGUCUGGAAGCAGCAGAGAACCGUUGUGAGGUGCAUGUGGGGUUUUAGGCAUAGGAUACAAGCACAGUUUUCCACCAAGAAGGAACUAAGUCACAGGGUACAGUAAAGGACAAGAGACUGAGGAUGCAGAGGCCCCUUGUCAACCAGGAAGUGUGACACCCGUGCAGAUAUGGUCAGUGGCGUCAGGCUGGCCCCGUCCUUGGCUGGCCUGGGUGAGGAGAGAAGCAGUCCUGUCACCACCUCUCAGGUCUGUGCCAACAGUGCCCUCUUAAACCUAUGCUCUGCUUCGAGGUCCCGUCUGCAUGGAUUAACAUUUGAGACAUGCCCUGUUAGGGGAUGUUGUUUUCUAUUAACCUCAAGGAGUGUGCAAACUAACAAGGUUAGGAAAUCACUAGGUGAUAUCAUCUCAUGGGACCAUGAUAAAACGCACAGUGAUUGUCUGUAGCUGAUGGUUGCAUGACAUACGACCGGAGUACGGUCUAAAUGGCCCAAGUCCCAGUGCCUAGUACUUGGUGAGCAAGGCAUUUCUCAAAUCUGGAAACAGAAGACAGGAGCCCCUUAAAAGUAGAUCCUGUUCCAGGAUGACAGACCUACUGCUGGGGGCAGCGUUGGGUGUAGUUACUACUGAACAAUGUCCCUCGGCUCUUUCUUUAGGUCAAGGGUCAUUGGAAGAUCCCGAGAUUGAAAAAGGUGACCCACUGUGACCUUUGUACAACUGACAAAUUAGGGAUCAACCCUCUUGAGCCAGAGUGUAAAACAGGUAGCUAUUUCAGUGUUUUCAAGACGACAUCCUGUUUUACAGCUCAGGUGCCUGUUGGUUAGCUCUGGCUCCUGAAGGGCUCUUGAGAAAGACAUCCCUGUCUGUGUCAGACCAUCUGCAACGCGCCUCCCCUGGGCUUGUUAAAGCACGAAGCCUGUCUGACGCAAGAGCAAGACUCCCCAGUCCGUUUCCCAAUCUCGGGUUCACUCCAAGAUGUUCUCAGCUCACUUUUCCUUUCUGUUUCCUUCUCAGCCUCCUGGUAAAAAGAGGAAGCAGGGACAGAUAGGUGGCAAAGCAGGACCUAUACCUGUAGCUUCCACUCAUUUUGCCUGACAGCUCACUGUAUGUUGAGACUCUAGCUGGGGUUCUUAGCAUGGCUUCUUGCUGCAAUGACCUGGGUAGCUCUAGGCUGCAGCAAACCAGGAGCCCACCCAGAGACAGCUGACGUCUUCGGGUUGGGUAUGGCCAUGGUCUUGGGCUUCAGGAAGGUAACCAGGUGAAUCUCACAGGCAGCUGCCUUCAGGACCUCUGCCCUAGACACGCAGAGGUAAACAGAGGCAGGAAAGGGUAAGUUAGGUUGUGCCCCAGCUGGGCUUUACGCUAGCUGUCCAAGCAGGAAGCUUUAGAGGCAGUUUGGAAUAGGACAGCCUGUUCUGUCAGGUCCCAGAAUAUGUAUUUAUUAAGUGCCAUUAAAGGGGACCUGAACAAAAUUGGAUGUUCUUGUAGGCAUAAGGGAGAAAAAUGAAAUACACUUAGGACCAAGGCUAUCUCUUGAAGGGGAAAUAAAAAUGUACUCAGUAAUGCGGGUUAUGGUUUCUCAGACCAGCAGUGAGAUUAAAAGUCACUGGAGAGUGAGAGAAGGCAUGCUGAGAAGAUGGAGCGUGGCCUGGAUUUUCUCCAGGGGACUCUGUAUAAUGUGCCUUUUGCCCCCAAUGCCUAGAGCCAUCGCACUGUGUCUUAUUUAUUUCACUCUUGGGCUGUCACGUGCACGCUCACAAAGAUACUUGCCUAAGAAUGGAACAGAACUCCCAGGAGUUCACACGGUAUCCUUGUUCCUCAAAGUGAAGACAGAAUCCGUUAACCCAUUGAGAUCCAACUUAGUUUAGGAUACAAGGAGAUUGUGUUAUCCAAGGGGAGAUGAUUGAAUUCUUGGUUAGUGUGAUGCGCAGGAUGUGAACUGGCAAUAAAGGGCUUUCUGCCGCUGGCUAGUAUACCGUUCAUUCACCACUCUUGCUAGAUGUGAAAAUGGUGUCUUGUUCAUUCAUGUGUUUGUGUGUUGGCUGCACAUCCUUGGUGCCUCCGAGAUUUGGGCAUUGUUGCUGGGUAUACAGCAAGACAUCAGAUAGAUGAACUGUGUCAUUUC